AUGGUUUCUGAAGAGACGUAUUCCCGGGUGAUGGGCUUUGUAGCCGGGAUGUUCUCCGGUGUUGCUAAGAACACGGUGGGACAUCCUUUCGAUACAGUGAAAGUGCGUCUGCAGACGUCGCAAGUCGGCAGUGGUGCUGGUAUACAGUUCAAAGGUCCACUGGAUUGCGUCUACAAGACAUUGAAGAACCAAGGUAUACGUGGGCUGUAUUUGGGGUUCACCCCACCGCUCUUCGGUUGGAUCAUGAUGGAUAGUGCGUUACUGGGAUCGUUACACAAUUACAGAAUGCUGCUACACAAAUAUGUAUACCCGGAGCACGAUAAGCUUCCUCUCUCUGGGUGUAUAAUCAGUGGUGUGAUGGCUGGUUGGACAGUUAGUUUUAUCGCUGCACCCGUAGAGCUCGCCAAGGCUAAAUUGCAGGUGCAAUAUGAUGCAAAGACAACCAAGUACACGGGUCCCAUCGAUGUGGUACAGAAGGUGUUCAAGCAAGGUAUGGCUACAAACGGGAUACUUGGCGGUGUGAGAAGCUUGUACAAGGGUUUGAUCAGCACAUUGAUCUUCAGGUCGAACUUUGUGUUCUGGUGGGGGUCCUAUGAACUAAUAACACAGUGGUUCCAAAAGAAUACUAAUCUUAGUGCGCCGGCUAUUAACUUCUGGGCUGGUGGUUUAAGUGCUUCGUUUGGGUUUUGGACCAGUGCAUACCCAAGUGAUGUGGUAAAACAAGUCGUGCUAUGUAAUGACAAGUAUGACGGAAGCUUUAAAUCAUGGAGAACCGCAGUUAGCGAUAUAUACAGACAAAGAGGUAUCCACGGUUUCUUCAAGGGUUUCCUACCAAGUUUCCUGAGAUCGUUCCCAGCAAAUGCUGCCGCGCUGGCUGCAUUCGAAUUUGUGCUAAGAACUAGUGGUGCCAAACCAUCGUAG